CUUUCUUAAAGUCAGUAUAGUUGGUUGGUUACGUGAUGAGUCCUUAUCUUAUGAAAGCUCAGCAAACUAAACAAAUCAUUGCAAAUAUCACAACCUCUUCGCAUCCCACCAUGUCCGCUACUAGCUACAAACACAGUAGCACACGAACCCUUUUCUUAGUUGCCAAGAACGUGCAUGUGAAUCUACAAUAACAUCUCAUGCACCGGUAGGGUCCUUUAGCCAGCCGUUUCUCUCUUGUUCUCUUGCAAAACUCCAACUCUUAAGAAUCUCCCACUCCUCUCCCUCCCUCCCUCUCUCUCACACACAUUCAGAUACACGUACAGUAGUACUCAUUGCUAAGAUUCUUUCUUCGUUCCUUUUUUGUUCUUGGCGACUCUUUAUUUCUUAUCUCCCCCCGUUAGUAUCAUCGAAAUGGUGCAGGAAAAACCUGCUUUUCCUUCAAAACUCCUCCAUCUUUCUCUUCUUGUUUUUCUCCUCACCAUUUUGGAUAAUGGAGUUCAAUGUUUUCGAGGGAAGAAAGUCCUCAGCAUGCAUAAAUUCCAAUGGAAACAGGAGAGUGAUAGUUCAAGUUGCCUCUCCCAAAAAUCAAGGUGGGAGAAUGGUGCGGUGAUAUUGGAAAUGAAGCACAAAGAUUCUUGCUCAGGAAAGAUCUUAGACUGGAAUAAGAAGCUUCAAAAACGCUUGAUCAUGGAUAACUUUCAGCUUCGAUCGCUUCAAUCUAGAAUUAAAAACAUCAUUUUAUCUGGAAAUAUUGAUGAUUCAGUGGAUACUCAAAUCCCAUUAACUUCUGGUAUAAGACUUCAGUCACUAAACUACAUAGUUACAGUGGAAUUAGGUGGUCGAAAAAUGACAGUGAUUGUGGACACAGGAAGUGACUUGAGUUGGGUUCAAUGUCAACCUUGCAAUCGAUGUUAUAAUCAACAAGACCCUGUUUUCAACCCUUCAAAAUCUCCUUCAUACCGAACAGUUCUAUGCAAUUCAUUAACGUGUCGAUCCCUACAGCUUGCAACUGGAAAUUCAGGAGUUUGUGGGAGUAACCCUCCGACUUGUAACUAUGUUGUUAACUAUGGUGAUGGGUCCUACACAAGCGGUGAGGUGGGUAUGGAGCAUCUUAAUUUAGGAAACACUACAGUCAACAACUUCAUAUUUGGCUGUGGUAGGAAAAAUCAAGGUCUAUUUGGUGGAGCUUCAGGUCUUGUGGGAUUGGGAAGGACUGAUCUCUCUUUGAUUUCUCAAAUUUCACCCAUGUUUGGAGGAGUUUUCUCCUAUUGUUUGCCUACAACAGAAGCUGAGGCUUCAGGUUCACUAGUCAUGGGUGGAAAUUCCUCGGUUUACAAAAACACAACUCCUAUUUCAUACACCAGAAUGAUUCACAAUCCGCUGCUACCCUUCUAUUUUCUCAACCUAACUGGCAUUACUGUUGGUGGGGUAGAAGUACAAGCACCAAGUUUCGGUAAAGACAGAAUGAUAAUUGAUUCUGGGACGGUUAUUUCAAGACUUCCUCCUUCAAUUUACCAGGCACUAAAGGCUGAGUUUGUGAAGCAAUUUUCAGGUUAUCCUUCUGCACCAUCUUUUAUGAUUUUGGAUAGUUGCUUCAACCUUAGUGGAUAUCAAGAAGUUAAGAUUCCAGACAUAAAAAUGUACUUCGAGGGAAGUGCUGAGCUCAAUGUGGAUGUAACCGGGGUUUUCUAUUCUGUCAAGACUGAUGCGUCUCAGGUCUGCUUGGCUAUUGCAAGUCUCCCGUAUGAAGAUGAAGUUGGCAUAAUUGGGAAUUAUCAGCAGAAAAACCAGAGGAUUAUAUAUGAUACCAAGGGAUCCAUGUUGGGAUUUGCUGAAGAAGCUUGCAGUUUCUACUAGGUCGAUGAUUUGGAAGAAUAAAGAUCAGGAAAAAAAGGAAACACAAAAGGGACCUGCGAAGUGUUUGAUUGUUGAUUUGGAGAUAUUAUAUUCAAUAAUGUCCGAGAAGAAUGUCUGUUCUUCAAAUUGAUUCCAGUGUUCAUGGAAACUAGAUUCUCACCAAGGGAGGAUGGACUUGAUCUUAUCUCUCAAAUGUUGUCCAACAGAAAUAUCAGACAGUCAAAGACCGAAAGCAAUGCCGAGGAGGUGUGACCUCUGACAAGAGGCAUUCCACGGGACACUCUGUUGACAGCCUGCAGCAGAAAGUUAUGUCCUUUAGAAGCCUUCGUGUUCUAAAGAUGAUGCAUCAACUGUAAUUCCAAGAAAGUAACAUAAAAAUCUUCCCUCCAAGCCAAAAUUGAGAAUUUAACCGCAAGUCUUCAUGCAGAAACUAGCAGACUCCUAGGUCUUUUUAUGUUGCUGGAUUAAGUGACCAUCUCAGUGAAUUCAGAUUCAAGAGUAUCAUCACCUUUUUUGUCUUUAACAUCUCCGCUGGAAGGAUGGAUAAGUUCGGAUCACUUCCAGGUAUCAGAAACAGCAGGCCAACUGGAACUCUUCUCAUGAGGCUCCGGAUCAAAAUGGCCAUCCACAGAUUGUCAGAUUGUGUCCGUGUGUGUAGCCCCCCAGGAUUUGAGCAAGAGACCUCCUACCCAAGUUGAUGAAAGCAAACCUACAUGGUCUCCUGACAUGAGCAAGGCAAAGAAAGUGUCCUCUGUACCAGCAGGGAAAAGCUUGGAACUACGUACAAGAGGAGGCUGCCAUUUAACGCGUUCAAUCAUCAUAGAAAUGUCUUCAUCCAUUGCAACAAACAAGUUCAGACGCAGCAAUGAUAUCAAAUCUAUCAAUCCUAAUGCAUCAAACAACAACUGAGACCAGAAAAGCAAGUCACGAAAAGGAUGGUCUUUUAACCAAUAUUGGUAGAUAAGGACCCCAGAGAGGGAGCCAACUGCACCCACAGAGAAUAUGGAACCAACAAGGUCCUGCAUGCAAUGUACAUAACAAGAGUUGCGUGGUUACAAUUGCACUCUGUUGCAAAUAGAAACUUCUGAGCAUAGCGAAAUUGAGUGAUGAUGUAGCGAUAAACUUAAGAAACCAAACUGAACAUUCAGUAAUAGCUUUGUGAAGUACCAAAAGAUAAUUGUGUGAAAAAUUCUAGCAUACAAAUGGUUCCACAGUCUCUUCUAUUGCUGGGAGCUUUUUAAAUAUUAGAAAGUCAAGAUUUGUUGCAGAA